CCGGACAAAAAAAGAAUAAGAACAAAUUAAGAUCACGAUAGCCUUUCACCAUGAUUGGCCCUAGUUCUAACAGCUCGUUUUCGAAUGGUAGCUAUGGUCUGCCGCCGAGUUCGAAGGCAGCCGAGGCGGAGUUAAUAUCGAAAGCCACUCAGACGGCAAUUGUCGCUGCGAGAUCUAUUCUCAUGAACGGAGGAAGUGAGGAUGUAGCUUUGAAAACAGCCAAGGCAGCUGCUGAAUCGGUGCUAAAUCCCAAAGCAUCAGACAAUGAUUCAAUUUCGGGUCGAAGCACACUGGGUGUGAGCAGUUUAGGAGGCGCCUUUGGAAGCAAAAAACGAAAGGCCAAACGACAAGCCGAAGUAGUUGCAUCGAUGGCCCUUAUGUCUGCAACUUCGGGGCAUCCGGGUGGAGGUAGUAUUGCGGGCGAAUUGUACGGGAAAAAUAUCAUUACCGUACGCCAUGAUGAGCCAUCAGUCCUAUCAGGUUCCAUCACUUCUGGGCGCCGUUCCAUCACUUCUGGGCGCCCCCCUAAAAUGCCAACACCCAAGUCACAGGUAUCCCGAAAUAAUAAUUAUAGUUUCAGGGAGCAUUCUCAAAUGGAAGGGAUAAGAGAUGCUGUACCAAAUCAAGAGGCCUCUCCGUAUGAUCUGAGCAUCAGAAAUAGAGGAUCUCGUCUUUCAAGUAGUAGUCCCAUGCAGAAUUUCACACAGAGGUUACGGGCACUGUCCCCAACUAGCAAUGAGAGUUCGGGAUUAGAUAGGGAAGAAGAUGGAGAAACUUCCACCGUAAACAAUGCAGACUCGAAUUCAUUAAGUCAAACCAGCACCAUGGAUUCGAACGUUCAAUCCUCUGUGGACGCUUCUCUUCGGGGCAGAUCCGAGUCCGAAGACGAAUCCGAUGUAGACAUAGAGUCCGAUGAAGAAUCCGAUACAAUUCAUGUGAGAGAUCAUCUUAACGAAAAAAGAAAAACCUACAAAACCAUUGGUGCCAAACGACAAGAAAAGGAACAAUGGGAUCUUGGUGAAAUAAUCUUGCGUCCGCUUGCUCUCACAAUGAAUAUUAUGAGCUGCGGACAAAUUGUUAGUGGGGAAGCUGCCGGCGACGUCGAUGCGCUGGAAUACAAACCAAAUGGGACAAAAAGGCGUUCUGGAAGAAGAACCGGAAGAAGAACCGGAAGGCGUCGAGCUGGAUCUCCCGCUUUCGAGAGCCGAGACGACACGUUCGAUUACGACUGUGACGACAACAGAAAGAAAUCUUCCUACCGAGACCAAGAUUUCACCUCUUCAUACUCCGGAAGCUUCUUGAGUUCCGCAAGCGGAAUCACUGAGGGUGACUCCGAAGGAGAAAUCAAAGUUCGCAGUUCGAUAAGAGAGRCAAUGGAAAGCCUCGUGACCAAGUCGAAAAAAAAGAAUCGAAAAGGCAAGUCCAACGGUGAUGGUAAGAGGCAAAUCUCGGAGAAAUCGGCAGCAAAGAUUGAUUCCAGUACAGCCAAUGCCUCAAACAAGAAAAAAGCUCUAAAACGAAGAUCAUCGUUUUUCAAGAAGAAGAAAUGUAGCGUAUAGGUACACAGAUGUUAUCUCAAUUUAGUGAUGCAGUGCCAUCCGAUUCAAUCACCCUUCAAGUUUAAGAUUCAAAGCAAUGGAAGCUGGUGUUUGAAACACAACAGCUGGAAGAGCUGCACAUGGUAUUGUGAACGAAUUUAUUGCAUGGUAGGCAAAGUGAAAGGCAAGAAGCACGAGACGAAUGGGGGUGAAAAUGCACACAACAAGAAGUGCUGCUGUASCACCAUUUCGGUCUCAAAUCUAAGAAGAAUAAUUACGAAAUUAUCAUGAUAAGGAUCCAUCCCAUAAGAAGGUCUACGUUACCUUCGACAGUCCGUGUAUCAUUAUUGUAAGCACAUCAAAAAAAAUACUKUGUUGUUCAACAUAUUUAGGAAACUCUUCUGCUCUUCCCAGUUUACUCUUAUUCGGAAGUUUUCUUACUACUAGAACUACUGUAGUACCCCGUUUUUGCAACCCACUUCUUUUUUCCACAUGAUCCUGGUAGGGAAUUCUACACAAAUCCCCCAGGGGGCAGUACGUAAACUGGCAUCACUCCAUUUACACAUGUAUUAAAAUUCCUACCUAUUU